AUGUCAGCUCUCACUAAAGCCAUGUCCAAGUUUCGAUUGGCUGUGGUGCAGCUGCAGGUGAGCAGUGUGAAGGUGGAAAACCUGAACCGAGCCCGAAAACUGGUGCAGGAGGCGGCUGGACAGGGAGGGAAGCUUGUGCUGCUGCCGGAGUGCUUUAAUUCUCCGUACGGCACCAGUUUCUUCUCUGAAUACGCCGAGAAGAUCCCAGGAGAGUCCACUCAGGCGCUGUCAGAAAUGGCCAGAGAAAACAAAGUCUAUUUGGUCGGAGGGUCCAUUCCUGAAGAAGACGGAGGGAAGUUGUACAACAGCUGUGCAGUGUUUGACCCAGAAGGAAACAUGAUUCUCAAACACAGAAAGAUCCACCUGUUCGACAUCAGUGUUCCGGGGAAGAUCCACUUCCAGGAGUCGGAGACGCUGAGUCCAGGCUGCAGUCUGUCGGUGUUCAAGACUCCGUUUUGUAAAGUGGGCGUCGGCAUCUGCUAUGACAUGAGGUUUGCUGAACUCGCACAGCUCUACGGCAGAAAAGGUUGUCAGCUCCUGGUUUAUCCUGGAGCCUUUAACAUGACGACGGGUCCGGCGCACUGGGAGCUUCUACAGAGGGCCAGAGCGGUGGAUAAUCAGGUUUAUGUCGCGACUGCAUCACCGGCCAGAGACGAAACCUCAGCGUACGUGGCCUGGGGUCACAGCACCGUUGUGAACCCAUGGGGAGAGGUCGUCUCAAAGGCUGGUCCAGAAGAGGCUGUUAUUUACGCAGAUAUCGAUCUGCAGUACUUGGCAGAUAUCAGGCAGCAGAUUCCCCUCACAGUCCAGAGACGACAUGACCUGUACACUGUGACCACUGUCUCUGAGGACUCAAGCUGA